AACUCUGAUCCUUGGUCUCCUCCUUUGGGUUUCCCUAAAGGACGACAGCCGCUGCUCGGUGCAAACUGCAGCCAAGGAGGCUUAAUCGUGCAAAAAGCGAUGUCUCAGCUGAAGUUCUGCUCUCGAAGAUCUCCUGUGGUUUGCACAAGUGGGUGUGUUGCAUCCAGCCAGCCCCUUGCAACAAACAUUGGCCUUGAUAUUUUAAAGAAUGGAGGAAAUGCUGCUGAUGCUGCUGUAGCUGUAGCAGCUGCUCUAAACGUUACUGAACCAUGCAGUACAGGUCUUGGUGGAGACUGCUUCUGCCUCUAUUAUGAUGCUAACACCAAAGAGGUGCAUGGGCUCAAUGGAAGUGGGCGGUCUCCACAAUCUCUUACUCUUGCAUUACUAAAAGAACAUGGUUUUGAUGAAGCAAAUCCUCCACCUCGCCUACAUGCAUAUAACGUCACGGUUCCUGGUGCAGCAGCUGGCUGGUGUGAUGCUGUUGAGCUGUUUGGGAGCAAAAAUUUUUCCAUGGGGCAGAUACUGCAGCCAGCUAUAGAACUGGCCGAAAAGGGCUUUCCAGUGUCGGAAAUUACCUCCUAUCAUUGGAAGCGUGAUGCUCAUGUUCUUCAAGCAGCUGGAAACCCACAUGGGAAAGACCUGCUGAUUGAUGGCCAAGCCCCUGAGCAUGGCCAGGUUUUCCACACUCCACUUUUGGCAAACACUUUUAAGGAGCUGGCUAAAUCUGGCAAACAAGGUUUCUAUGAAGGCCGGGUGGCCAGAGCGAUCACUGAGAUUCUGCAGAGCAACGGUGGAGUAAUGAAUUCAGAUGAUCUGAAAAACCAUGUCACUGAAAGAGUCAAACCAAUUGUCACAAAUUACAAGGAUGUGAAUGUUUGGGAAAUCCCUCCCAAUGGACAAGGAAUAGCAGCAUUGUUAGCUCUGAACAUUUUAGAAAAUUUCAGUAUGGAAGAAAUGGGCCAUAAUACUGCUAAUUACUUGCACAUUCUCAUUGAAGCUUUGAAAAGAAGUUUUUCCGAUGUUCUCUGGUUUUGUGCGGAUCCAGAAAAAGUUUCCAUUCCAACAACAGAGCUCCUUUCAAAAUCGUAUGCCAGAAACCGUUCUCAGUUAAUUGAUUUACAGAGAGCAGCAAACAGCCUUAAUCAUGGGAAUCCUUUCUCAGUCGGAAGCGACACGGUUUAUUUCGCAGUGGUGGAUGGUCAAGGGAAUGCCUGCUCUUUCAUUAACAGCAAUUACAUGGGAUUUGGCACAGGAUUAGUACCUGAUGGCUGUGGGUUUACAUUGCAAAACAGAGGGUUCGGUUUUUCACUAAAUCCUGAACACCCAAAUUGCCUGGCACCGAACAAGCGGCCGUAUCACACAAUUAUACCUGCUCUGGCAACAGCUGCAGACUCAGGGGACCUUCUGUGCUCUUUUGGAGUAAUGGGUGGAUUCAUGCAGCCGCAAGGACACGUGCAAGUACUACUGAACAUGUUGGAGUUUGGGAUGAAUCCACAGCAGGCCUUGGAUGCUGCUCGUGUUUUUGUAGACUACAACAGUAAAGCAGGUGCAUGGCAUGUAUUCCUGGAAGAGGGUGUCCCACAGAAUGUUGCAGAAGAACUGAGGGCCAAAGGUCAUGCUAUCACGAUGCCUGUAACUGGGCACAGCAGGAACAUGUUUGGACGAGGUCAAAUCAUCACCAGAGGCGAUUGGUGGAGACAUGGGAGAAAUCUGUCUUCUAGCAAUGUAUUGUGGGCUGGAUCUGAUCCCCGAGCUGAUGGUUGUGCAUUGGGGUAUUAGCAUUCAAGAAAAAGAACUGUCCGUGUCUAAAAACAUCAGUUUCUGAAGUGACUGAAAAUGACGGAGUAUUAGAAAAAAUGGGUGGACAAUGUCACUGGUAUUGUUUGUUAGAGCAUAUACUGUGAUUUAAUCAUAGAUGCCUCGGCUUGAAGUUCUGGAGAACAGCUCCACAAAGGUAGACAGGUUGGAUAUAGACCAGUAGGUGGAUUCCGUAUAAGUCAGUUUUGUACAGAAAAAGAAUCCAAGAAGGAAAAAUGCUGUUCUUAAAAAAAUCCAUAUUGGCCUUAAUGAAAAAUAUCAGCAUUCCUUUAAAAAAAAUGGUUAUGCAUUUAAAAUUCAUUAAUUGGGUAUCUUUUCCCUUUCAUGGUCUCACAGGAUAUAUGUAUCUUCUGUUAUUUUUAUAAAAAACAUUUUAUGUUGAGACGAUCUCAGUAUUAUGCAGGAUUCCAUCUAUGACUUGACAAAAAAUCAAAACCUAACCAGACCAAAAAAGGUAUCUGAAAAGUUGAUAAAGGGCAAAUCCCCACUGAGAAAUUAAAGGCGGAUACAUCCAAGUUUCAAAAGAAACAGUAGCUUUUCAUUACGCAUUCUCCCUCCCCACUCCACUUAAGACCUUGAUGUCUAUCAAGGAUUCAAGCAACGUUACACUCCACAUGAACACACGAUCUGCUCGAUGGGUGUGUUCUUCCUCGUCCUGAUUGGCUGUCGCGUUGUGUUGGGGUGGUAUCUUUUUUGUUUUUGUUUUUUUCAUGUACAUCUAUGUAACUACGUCACUAUGUAGCUAUGUUGGUGGAAUUUGAUUGGCUAUUGGGUCGGAGUGGGAACAUUACUCCGCCCCGAUUGAAAAUUCAUAUUCUUAUUUUUGUUUUUACGUUGCUAUGUAGGCACAUAUGAACAAUUUUUACAAAUCGUUGUCUCAUAGCAAUGUUAUCUUGUUGCUACAUAGCCAUACCCAGUGCACAGCAAAAAAAGGCUGCUUGCGCUUGGCACACAGCCCACUGUGCUCUGAUUGGCUGGAAGUCUCCAAGGGCGGGAACAAUAAGACGCGUCUGUCCCCUAUUUAUACCCACCGAACCGGCUUUGGCACUUGAUUGGCUAAAAGGUGCACUUCAAUGCAGGUUCUGAAAAAAACUGUGGUGAGGGGGGGAACCUUGAUGAAGCCAUGUUUGGCACUUGAGCAGUGGGGAGUUCUGAUUAAAAAUGUGAUUUAUGAUGUGAGUAUCACAUGAUUAUUUGCCCGUGGGGAAAUCGCCAGAGAGAUUUAGAUUCAAUUCUCUGUCCUGCCACAAAUUCGUCUGGGUAACCAUGGGCCAGUCAUUCUCUCUCUCAACCAGCACAGGAUUAUUGAUGGGAUAAAGAGGAAGUCAGCAGAGAACUACGUAUGCAGCUCUUAGUUCCUUGAAGAAAUAAAAAAUAGCUGUCUAAAAAUUGAUCUCAGUCUUAAUUAGCAUUCUUAAUACCAUGUUUCUGGAAUACAUUUUAUGGUACAAUUUGCUAUGAGGCUUAAUUAUGGCUGAAUAAAGAGUCAUCUUUUAAUAAUA